CAAUUCGGUGCCGGAGAGCGGUGUUUACGAGUUCCUGCAAAACGGCGUGUUGAGUGCAGACCACCAGGACUUCAUGAAGCAUGUCUAUGGACGGUACACGGAGGAAGGGCUGAGACACCGAUUAGGACUGAAGAGCGCAUACAGCACAGGGCAGGGUGAAGAGAUUCUACCGAUGACGAACUACACGCCCAGCUUUAGGGGGGUCAUCGAUUAUGUGUGGUACUCGACGGCAACACUGGCGGUGAAUGCGGUGCUGGGUGAGGUGGACAGGGAGUAUUUAGACAAGGUGGUAGGAUUUCCAAAUGCGCACUUCCCAUCAGAUCACAUAUGUCUCAUGAGCGAGUUCAGAGUGAAGUCAGGCUCCAAAAUGACACCGACGAUACCACCUACACCGUAGGAUUAUUUGCAUAUCCAUUCGUUUACUCGUUCACUGUUUGUUUAUUUCCGUUGUCUUGUACAUACAUUACUAUACGGUUUCUUACCUACGUACAUAUCGUUGCUUUAUUUCCUCACACUUUCUUUAUUUCUUCCUGUGUCCGGUCAUCUCAUCCUCUCAUUUCCCUGCACUGUCUGUCUCUCUGUUGUAUGUACCAUCGUGACGAUCAAGAGAAAAAGAUGAAAGCUGCAUCCCUGUGCAGUGUGAGGCUGUACGGACCGUCAUCACAUGAGGUACGUUCCGACCAUCGUCCUUCCACACGGCGCGCAGGUUUAAGCGGCAUGCAAGUUCGUUUAGAACAGUGCUGUAUGUCAUCAGAGAGCUGCGCCCGCCUGCGUAUUUGCACAUCAUACAUCACUCCACAGCAACGAAGCGGUCUUCGCAAGAGGCAUAAGUACCUCUGCUGCGCAUUUCGUGAUGAGAUGUAAAUGCUGAUGAGUCUGACGUCGAUACGAGGCAUUUCUUUUAGAAAAGCCUCACCUUCUUAUCCUUCGGGCCUCUCUUCGCGCGCUCACGGGCAACUUAAACGAUUGGUUCUCCUCAAUACACCAGCCGCGCCAAUAAACUUAUGAAGCGACACCCUGCAUGGCCCGGAGCUGCGCGUU